UGCCUGCAGUUUCAGAAUCUACGCUCGGUAGCACAGCACCGCCAGUCCGUAUAUAAGCACAUAUUAAUUAUCUGAAUCUUCGCAUCUUCUAUCUACUUCUUCAAUCUAGAAAUCACUCUUCACUCGUUGUAACCCAUGUAGGGACCUCUACUCAUUAGCUUUCUAUUGUUUGAUUCUGCCAUUACUGUAGGCGGGCUAAAGCGACAAGUACCUAUCAGUCACACCUUCUGCGCAUUCACGAUGGGAUGUUCGAGCUCUCAUCCUGCUGGGGAGGAACCGCAACCUCAAAUGCUCCAGCGGGAUUUACCAGCUCAACAAGCAUCCAGGCUGUCUAUUAGCAUAACCACACCGCAUUCCGCUUGCACAGCGACAACUCCUGGUCCUGAACCCAAUCAUUCACUUCCAACAGAACAAGAAUCAGAACCCAUUCCAGCCAGAGAAUCGCAACCUGCUCAGACAGCACCAGAGGCACAAAUGCACCAUGAUAUCGAAGUGAACAACGCAGACAGUGCGACGACACUACCAGCGCCCGUUUCCAGUACCCGAGACACAACAGCUACAAUGGAGUUAUCCACUGAAGAUAUGAGCGCAAAUACAACAGAUAUGACUCAGAAUGCAUCUACGGGGCCUGCGCCGGGUCAUAAUAAGCAUUAUCCGCCAGAGAAGAUAUGCACUUACUGCAGCGAGAUGAUCAAUUUGGAUAAAGAGGAUAUGCUCUAUCCUUGUGUGAGAUGCGACUCCGGCUGCUGCAAGAGCUGCAUUCGAAAAAUGUUCCUGAACGCCUGCAAAAGCGAAUCAGAUAUGCCUCCCCGAUGUUGCAAGCCUAUCCCGUUGGCGUUCGCCCGUGCCGUUCUCUCGGAUGUCGAAGUCUGUCUCUUCAAAGCAAAGUACGAGGAAUGGAACACACCGAAUCGUAUCUACUGUCCAGUUCCCACAUGCUCCGCGUUCAUUCCUUAUCGUCUUUUCUCCGUCCCAGUACGGAACACCGACAAUUCCAAAGAGAAUCAGGCGGUCGACAAAUACCCCAAUUCUACAGCAAUGGUUGGAACCAGCGUGAAGGUGGAAAUUGACACUCCUCCCCCAACACCGCCAGGAUCUUACUCCCCGCACUCUUCACAAGCAGCUCCAUCCAUAUUGUGUCCCAAAUGUGAGACCAGCAUAUGCUGCUCAUGCAAGCAGCUCGCUCACGAUGGAUUCCCUUGUCCUGAAGUUCAAGACACCGAUCCGUUGCUGGAGCGUGCACUUCGAAAAUGGGGAUACAAGCGGUGCCCGAAGUGCCACGCUGGUGUACGACGGAUGUGGGGAUGCUCUCAUAUACGAUGUCGAUGUGGUGCUCAGUGGUGCUGGGAGUGCACUGGUCCGAUAGAAAGAUGCAAUCAGGAGGGAUGUAUAGAUCAAGAUAGAGACGGAGAGGAAGAUGAUUCAAGAGCAUCUGAUACUGACACUGGUAUCGGCGAAAACUUCGAUGCUGGAAGCGACUGGGAAGACUAUGGAUAUGAUUUGGGCGAGGAGCCAAAUGGUGAAUACAUUGAUCCUCUGACUUGCCAGCACUCGUGGGAGGCUGCCACGGACGAUGAUACAGAUCCGAACCUGGAGUACGAUUGCGAAUGCUGUUGGAAGAAGGUCUUCCCACAACCAUUCCCUACGUAUUACCGAGGCGUCCAACCCUUAAUGGAGACAGGAUCCCUCCAUGAGCAACAGGAUAGCGGAGAUGAGUGCUGGGUCGGUGAGGAUCAAGCAAUGCAGCGGUGUCACAACUGUGGUCUCAUAGCGUGUUCUCGCUGUCGGGAUGGAAUGCCAAUGAAAGAGCAACAGGCAUAAGGAAUGAAUAAUAAGGGGGUAUAUUAUUUCUGUACAUAAUGCCAUACAUAAUCACGAGUCAGCAGAGCGUGCGGAGUUUCUAGGAAAUGGACUUUUCAGUUUCCUGUCUCGGUGUUGACAGGUUUCCAACCAGUAUCAGCUUAUGGAGUUAAUGAGAGGUGGUAAAGAGCGAAACAAUUAGAACAUCACUCAAAAUCGUGCAAUCAUAUAAUAUUAUGGCCUAAUUGUCAAGUUUUCAGCCUGACUUGUUGCGAAAUGUCUCGCAGAUAAUUCGCCGGUUUUAAUGAUAAUCGAGACUAUCACG